AUGGCUUCAGAAAUAUUCAUUUAUCUUGCAUUUUUAUUCCUUUUAAUGAUUACUGCAGUGGAGUCAGGUGAUCCUGUUGACCAGAAUCCACGCUUCAAACUGGCAAAAAGGGGAGAAUCAGCUUCAAUAAGCUGUAAAAUUACAGCUACAGAUGGAGAAAUACUGGGUACUCACUUUAAAAGGAAUCCUCUAAAACCAGAGGAUCUAUGUUAUGUCAGUGCGGAAAGUACGUAUAUAGCUGAAUCACACAGGGGUCGUCUUGAGUGUAAUAAGACAGUGGUAGAUGGAACUAUCAACAUUUGGUUCGGUAAUCUCCAGAUAAAUGACACUGAUUUUUACUAUUGUGUAACUGGAGUACAAAAAGGCAGAGUAUUUGACAUCAAUGGAAAGGGAACACUUCUUAUUGUAUCAGAUUUAAGCAGGCAACCCUGUGGAGAUAAUUGUGUUGAAGAAGAAAACUGCAAAAUAAUUUCUUUUAAGGAUCCAGUUAUGAUCACGAUGAUUGUUAUUCUUGUUGUUGUCUUAAUUUGUGGGCUGGUUCUGUUAAUUCACCACAUAAGGAACCACUACCCACAGGAACAGUCACAGAGGAAGCGAGUUCCAAACUCAGUGUAUGAAGACAUGAAUCUGAUGCGGACACAAAGCAUGGCACGUUAAUUCUCAGUGAAAAUGAGCCUUGAGCCUUUGAUUCAGCUUUCUUUAAAAUGUGAAAUGUAUCAUCAUAGUUAAGACUUGCUGGAAUCUGUGAAAUUCUUAAAACUUUACUUCAGAAUAUUUCUUUGCAAUGUAAGCAUUUGUCAAAGUCGAAACAUCAGUUGAUAAGAUGGGUUUGUGCUUUGCAGAAGGUAGUAUCCAUGACCGCAGAGAAUAUAUUUGCCUAAUGUACAAAUUCUAUAUAAAUAUAUAAAUGGCAUACUGUUCCAUCACGAUGUACAUGCAAUGUAUAUACAUUUUUACUUUUCAUUAAAAAAAAGCUUACUCUUCUUCCCUCCACCCUCAUUGUUGAUAAGUGUCUAGAAGCUGUUCUGCAGCCUAGAGAGGAAACUCAGUCAGGCAUUGAUCAAUGGCACACCUGUAGCAAAAGUGUGAAAGAUGUGUUUCUUUAAGUAACAUUUGAUCUUUAAUUACCUCCUCCCCUCCCCCAACCUUAAUAGAAGAAGGCUCUUUAAACUACCUUAGAAAGAACAGUGAAUGUGAAUAACUACACUGAUGUGCCAAUGACUUUUGUUUUACUUAUUCACUCAUGGAUUGAGGAUGUUGCUGGCAAUGCAUCUAUCCCUAGCUGCCUCUGAUCUGAGGAGUCAAGUGCCAACAACAUUGGUAGGUGUGGCAUGGAAUGUAG